AUGAACACUAUCAUCUCGUGAGUUUCAUUUUUCUUUUUUGAUUUCUCAAUUAUCAAUUCUAACUUUUUCCUAUUUUUUAGUCUUCUCUUCGCUGGUUUGGCACUUUCUUCAGCACAAGUUGCUGUCAAUGGACCAUUUAUGGGACGUUAUUACGUCGCAGCUAAACCACUUUUGGCACCUGGAAUCGCACCAGUAGCUGCACCACUUUUGGCCCCACCAGCUCCUGUUUUGGCUGCUCCCGCGAUUGCUCCAGCUCCACUCUUGGCUCCACCAGCUCCAGUUUUGGCUGCCCCAGCUGUCCCAGCUUUUGCACCAGCUCCAGCACCUCUUUUGGCUCCACCAGCUCCUCUUUUGGCUCCACCAGCUCCAGUUUUGGCUGCCCCAGCUGUUCCAGCUUUUCGCACCAGCUCCAGCACCUCUUUUGGCUCCACCAGCUCCAGUUUUGGCUGCUCCAGCUGUUCCAGCUUUCGCACCAGCUCCAGCUCCUCUUUUGGCACCACCAGUUCCACCAGUUGCCCCAAUUGCUCCAUUCUUUGCUCCACGACCAGUUUUGGCCUCACCAGCUUUUGCUCCAAUUGCUGCACCAGCUCCAGUUUUGGCUGCUCCAGCUGUUCCAGCUUAUGCUCCAUCUCCAGUUUUGGCUGCUCCAGCUCUUCCAGCUUAUGCUCCAGCACCAGUUCUCGCUUCACCAGGAGUUGUUCCAGCUUAUGCUCCAUUUGCUCGCUCUGCUUUCCUCAUCGGAGGAAACAAAGCCAAGAAGAUCUCGGCAUAG